AUGACUUCGUACGACAAGGACCCAUUCUACCUCCGUUACUAUGCCGGCCAUUCAGGCCAACACGGACACGAGUUCCUCGAGUUCGAGUACUCGCAUGGUCGUCUGCGAUAUGCCAACAACUCGAACUACCGCAAUGACUCGCUCAUUCGUAAAGAGAUGUGGGUCGGGCCGCUCGUGGUGAAGGAGCUUAAGAGGAUCGUGGAGUCGAGCGAGAUUACCAAGGAGGACGACACGAACUGGCCGAAGAAGAACGUCGUCGGCAAGCAAGAACUCGAAGUCCGUAUCGGGAAUGAGCAUGUUGCGUUCGAGACCGCGAAGAUCGGUUCGCUCGUCGAUAUAUCCGACAGCGAAGACCCCGAGGGUCUUCGUGUGUUCUACUACCUCGUCCAGGACUUGAAGUGCUUCAUCUUCUCUCUCAUCUCCCUCCACUUCAAGAUCAAACCCAUCUAG